UACCAUGCAAUAAGCAGUAUCCAACAUUCAUCUGUCUGUGUUCUGUGUGUGUUGAGUAGCAAAAGAGAAGAGAAAUGGAGAGAGAAGACCAAAGCCAAAGUGGAUAUCUUCAGUCUCCAUUGAUUCAGCACUCAUAUUCAUCAGGGCAGGGUGAUGGAUUGGUGGUAAAGGAAAAGCAGAGCAGUUGGAAGAGAACUGAAAGAAGUGAUGUUGUUGAAGAAGUGAAAAGGCAGUUAUGGCUUGCAGGGCCUUUGAUAACAGUGACCCUUUUGAAUUUUGGCCUUAAUCUUAUAUCUGUUAUGUUUGUGGGGCAUCUUGGUGAGUUGGCUCUCUCUGGUGCUUCCAUGGCCACUUCUUUUGCCUCUGUCACAGGUUUCAGUUUGUUGCAAGGAAUGGCAAGUGCAUUGGACACUUUUUGUGGCCAGUCAUAUGGAGCAAAGCAGUACCACAUGUUAGGCAUACACAUGCAGAGAGCCAUGUUCAUUCUCAUGACUGUCAGCAUCCCACUUGCAGUUAUUUGGGCAAACACAAGAUCCAUUCUGAUUUUCUUUGGUCAGGAUCCUGAAAUAGCUGCAGCAGCUGGGAGCUAUGCUACUUGUAUGCUUCCAACCGUUUUUGCCUAUGGUCUUAUACAAUGCCUCAACAGAUUCUUGCAAACACAGAAUAUUGUAUAUCCAAUGAUGUGCAGCUCCGGAAUUACCACAUUACUGCAUGUACUUAUAUGUUGGAUUCUGGUGUUCAAAUCAGGACUGGGAAGCAAAGGAGCUGCUGUAGCAAAUUCCAUAUCUUAUUGGUUGAAUGUUACUAUGCUCACACUCUAUAUCAAGUUUUCUCCUUCAUGUGCAAAAACUUGGAAAGGCUUUUCCAAAGAGGCAUUGCAUAACAUUCCCACAUUUUUUAGGCUUGCCAUUCCUUCAGCUGUUAUGGUUUGCUUGGAAAUGUGGUCGUUUGAAUUGAUGGUUCUCCUUUCUGGUCUUCUUCCAAAUCCAAAGUUGGAAACAUCAGUUCUUUCCAUCUGCUUGAACAGUUCUGCAACUGUUUGGAUGAUUCCCUUUGGACUCAGUGGAGCAGUAAGCAUUCGUGUCUCAAAUGAACUUGGAGCUGGUCGUCCAUGGAUUGCACGCUUAGCAGUUCAUGUUGUCUUAGCAAUAGCCAUUAUUCAGGGCAUCUUAGUGGGAACAGUGAUGAUACUUAUACGCAACAUAUGGGGCUAUGCAUAUAGCAAUGAAGUAGAAGUGGUCGAAUAUGUAGCAAUUAUGUUUCCAAUUCUGGCAGCAUCCAACUUUCUGGAUGGACUCCAAUGUGUUCUUUCAGGCACUGCUAGAGGGUGUGGAUGGCAGAAAAUUGGUGCAUUUGUGAAUCUGGGGUCAUACUAUUUGGUUGGAAUUCCAUCAGCUAUUGUGUUAGCUUUUGUAUUGCAUAUUGGUGGGAAGGGGCUCUGGCUAGGAAUCAUAUGUGCUCUAAUUGUUCAAGUUUGUUCUUUAAUGAUCAUUACCAUUCGUACUGAUUGGGAGCAACAGGCAAAGAAAGCAACAGAUAGAGUCUAUAAUUCAGUAACAGCAGAAAGCUUAGUCUCAUGAAGGUGUAAUAUCUUUGCAGUUGCACAUUCUUAGUUAAUUCUAGUGAGUGAAAUUAAAGCAAUAUAAGUUUUGUCAUUCUUCUUUUGGCAGGAAAACUUUAGGGACAAUUUUAUUAUGUAUUGUUGAAAGAUAAUAGAUGAUGCAGUUGGUCACUAGAAAUAAA